ACCGGAAAAAACACCCCCCAAAAAGGAGCGAAAACGAAAAGGGUUUAGGGUUUAAGACCUUCCCUGCGGAAUGCAUUGCUGAUCGCCAAAUGCUAGCAGCUAUACUCCUCCACGUUUGAUCGGUUCGGUUCCUCAUUGCUCGGUUCAAGAGACCCUCCUUCGAUUCCGGGGGACAUGAUCUAGUUGACGACCGGCGAGAGAGCUUCGAGGUCACCAUGUGGGGGCUUCGCCGAGCCUCCGGUCCUCUCAAAAACUGCAGUUUUGGGGUGGCACUAGCGCGAUCCGGUUCUCUUAAAUCAGAAAGCCACGUGGAUAAUGUCACAGGCAUUAUCAGGCUCGCCAUGCUAGAGAGUUUCUACCAAGCAGGCGAUAUUUUUUCACGACCGUGCAUGGCGGUUUUCAGUUUUUCUUCAAAUGCUCGUGGAAGAACCUGUGUGGAGGAAGAUGACUAUAAAGCUGAACUUGGAGCAUCAAUUAGCACCAAGUCCAUUUCGGAGAGCAAAGAAGACGUUGAUGAUGAGUUAAUUUCAGAGCUGGAGGCUUCUGACAAUGAUGAUGAAGAGUCUUCUGGAAGUAGUUUGGAAAAGCUGGAAAGAGAGACUCGUACUAACAAGAGAACAUCAUCAAGAAGGGCUUCUUUAGCACUCUUCAAGGACAUCAUUGGCACUUCAAGUCAUUCCUUGCAGACUGUCCUUGAUAAGUGGUUAGAAGAAGGGAAAGAUUUGGGCAGGGAUGAUAUAUCAUUGACCAUGAGUCAGCUUCGGUCCCGUCGAAUGUAUGGGAGGGCCUUGCAGCUUUCAGAGUGGUUCAAGAACCAUUUCUCUUGUUCUGAGAGAGAUUAUGCAUCUCAAGUUGAUUUAAUUGCCAAGGUGCAUGGAUUAGAGGAGGCAGAGAACUACGUUGAGAAUAUUCCAGAAUCCUUCAGGGAAGAAAUAGUCUACAGGACAUUGUUGGCAAACUGUGUCGUGGCGAACAACAUCAGAAAAGCAGAGGAAAUUUUCAAUAAAAUGAGGGAUCUAGAAUUUGCUCUGACGUCAUUUGCUUGCAACCAGUUGCUCCUGCUUUACAGUAGGCAUGACAAGAAGAAGAUCUCUGAUGUAUUGUUGUUGAUGGAAAAGGAAAAUGUUAAGCCCUCUCCCUUCACCUACAGGCUCUUAAUAAAUGUCAAAGGCCUAGCAAAUGAUCUGAAAGGCAUGGAUCAAAUUGUUGAGAUGAUGAAGGCUGAAGGCAUGGAAAUUGACCUCAAAACAGAAGCUAGCUUGGCUCGACAUUAUUUAUCAGGUGGAAUGAAGGAGAAAGCGGAGGCUAUUGUGAAGGAGAUGGAAGGUGGAGAUUUGAAAAGACACAGGCCUGCUUGCAAAUUCGUGCUUCCUAUUUAUGCAGGGCUUGGAAAAGCGGAUGAAGUGAGAAGAGUUUGGGCAAUUUGCAUGCCAAAGCCAACGCUAUUAGAGUCUGGUGCCGCAAUGGAAGCUUGGGGCAAAUUAAACGAUAUCAAAGAAGCAGAAGCAAUUUUCAAUUUAAUGAUGGAAACAGGAUAUAGGAUCCGCUGGAAUACUUACUUAGUCCUCCUAAAGAUGUAUGUGGACAAUAAGAUGCCGAACAAAGCAAAGGAUCUGGUUAGACGCAUGUCAGAUAGUGGGUGUGAUAUUGGGCCGUUGAUUUGGGAUGCUCUUGUGAGGCUCUACGUAGAAGCGGGUGAAGUUGAAAAGGCCGACUCCUUUUUGCAGAGGGCGGUUACGAAGAACCCGCAAAAGCCAAUGUACUCAUCUAUGAUGGCCAUCAUGGAGGAGUAUGCAAAAAGGGGCGACGUCCACAAGUCUGAGAAGAUCUUUCACCAAAUAAGGCAGGCUGGUUAUACUGGUCGAGCACGGCUUUUUAGAUUGCUAAUUGUGGCUUAUAUAAAUGCAAAAGCUCCAGCUUAUGGGCUUCGGGAGAGGAUGGAAGCGGAUGAUAUAUUUCCGGAUAAAGACUUGGCGAGGCAGUUGGCUGGGGUUAAUCCAUUUAAGCGCACGAGUGGCUUGAAUUUGUUAGACUAAUGUUUCCUGGGCUACCUAUUUAUAUCCAUUUAACUUCUGCAUCUUACUCGGUUGAGAAGAACAAACUAACGAGUUGUAUCUGGAGAUGAGCCUCUUCUGCCUCUCCGAUUUUCUAUUUUGGUUUCCUUCACUUGAUGGAGCACACGGCAUGUUGAAUCUAAGCAUACUUUUGGAGCUGUUUGUUUUCAAGAUGAACUGUAAGAGCGAGACAAAGCAGACUAGUCUUUGUGCUCGGACCGGACUCGAUAACGUUCUUCAACCAUCAUCUCCGUGAGAAAAGGCUGGUCCUGCUUUUGACAACAGCCUCACGCACCUCCUUAUUCUGCCAUAUCCUCUGCACUGAGGUUCAAGCGAUGUGUGACUCAUUCAAGAUGCGUGAAGAUGCCAGUAUAGUGUAGUAUUCUUUCGGUUUGAAAAUGCGAAACUUUAGAUCUCUGUCACAUUUUUGUAAUGUAUCAAACUUUAGCCUUGAUAACA